CAACAGAUCUCUCUUUCCAGGAAAACUGAACUCUUUUUGCUCUUCACUAUUUUUUGAGUUCCAAAGCAUAUUAAAAAAGAUGAGUUUCAAUUCCAAAUCAUAGCAUAUCUUUUUUCAGUUCUUAGUUUCGAGUUAUUUGGUAGAUAAAUUAAUCAGUUUCCGCCAUGGAAACCCUUUCAAGCUCUGUUUUUCUGACAAAAAUCUCAGAAAAAAACAACCCAGGUUGUCAAUUACCCCAAUUUUCGAUCAAACGUUGGAAUAAUCGAAGUGGGUGUUUGAGAAUUAACGAAAGUUUGAAUCUUGGUUCGUGGGGGUUAACUUCUGAGAAAGUUGGGAUUUCUGGGUCAUCAAGGGUUUUGGCUGCUUCGAAAAAAGUUUCAGGUGGUGAAAGUGAGAAUAAACCUAGUUCUGAUGAUGCCCAUGCUACUGCUUCUGAUGAUGUUCUCACUUUUCCCGAGGCUAUUAAUAGUCAUCCAACCCAAAGUCUCAAGAGAAGCUUCAAUGAUGCCUCAAAGAUGGUGUCAACACCAGCAGGAUCAGGAAGUGGGUCUGGAGGCACCAGGGCAGGACUUUUCAGAACGCCAAUUUCUGGUGGAGUUCAAAGUGCGACAUCUGCACAUGGGUUACCAAGUCCGGCAUUGGCAGUUCGUAAUCUAAUGGAACAGGCUCGGUUUGCUCAUUUGUGCACUGUUAUGUCUCGUAUGCACCAUCGACGGCAAGGUUAUCCAUUUGGCUCUCUGGUGGAUUUUGCUCCUGAUGCCAUGGGACAUCCAAUUUUCUCUUUUUCACCAUUGGCUAUCCACACAAGAAAUUUGUUGGCUGAUCCACGAUGUACACUUGUUGUACAGAUACCUGGAUGGAGUGGCUUAUCUAAUGCAAGAGUGACAAUUUUUGGCGAUGUCUACCCACUUCCUGAAGAUCAACAGGAAUGGGCUCAUAAACAGUAUAUAAGAAAGCAUCAACAAGGGCCUUCUCAACAGUGGGGAAACUUCUAUUACUUCAGGAUGCAAAAUAUAAGUGAUAUCUAUUUCAUUGGUGGCUUCGGUACAGUCGCUUGGGUUGAUGUUAAGGAAUACGAAGACCUAAAACCAGAUAAGAUUGCUCUGGAAGGAGGUGAACAGUAUUUAAAGGAACUCAAUGCCAUCUUCUCAAAGCCUUUGAAAAAGCUUUUAUCCACCGAAGUUGAGGUAGAUGACGCAGCUCUCAUUUCGAUAGACAGCAGAGGAACCGAUGUUCGGGUUCGUCAAGGGGCACAGUUCAACAUACAGAGGAUAUCUUUUGAAGACGGAAAGGUUGUUGAGACUCUUGAGGAAGCCAAAUCUGCUCUUCAGCAAUUAAUUAACAAUGGGCAGCUGUACAAUAUUCAGAAAUGAACGCUAUUGCCUGAGUGAGAAAUUUCAUUAGUAACCAAAGCCCCUUAAUAAUGUAUUAUGGGAGAGUUUGCAUUGUCGUGUCUAGCUAAAGAUGUGGCAGUAUGAACUUUACAGCAGCUAACGAGCUAGGGAUCUUCGCAACGCACGUGUCUCUUUUUCUCCUAUUCAUAUAAAAUAGUUGUUUUUAUAGAAUAAGUAUAGAUUUUAGAAGAAUCAACAUCUUUCAUCCUGUUCCCAUAACUAGUCUAAGUUCUAGGCGUUUGUGACGCGUGUAUCAAACUCGAGAAUAAAAAUUUUGUUCUUUGUAAGUUAUGAUGCUCACUUGUUUGCUGUAGUAUUGAUCUCCCUUACAUGUCGGUAGUAGGUACCAUCUUUGAUAAUAUUCUCGGAUCAACGGUUACUUUUA